AUGUCUGUGAAGGUAGCAGACUUGAACCAAACGAUCGCGCAUGUUGAGGCAGCUGUUCAACUAAAGGAUACGCAAUUGGAAGGCUUGCAACGGGAUAACGAACGGUUAUCAUCAGAAUUGAAAAAGCAACAGAGAUGCAACAGAAAUCUAAAACGUAGGUGCACAUGCCCAGUGUUUUAAUGAUGCUAUUAAAAAAUUUUACUUCGAUGUGUUAAACAAAAUGAAUCGACUUUAAUUCCAGAACAGUUGGACGACGAAAGAUUCUUUUACCAAAAAGAAAAGGAGCACUUUUGCGAAGAGAUGCAGAAUCACAAAACGUGUAAGCGUACGGACGCCGGCUCGACAAGGUCUUUGCAGCAGCAGAAAAGAGAGUUCGAAAAGAUCCAAGAAGCUCUGGAGGAAGAAAACAAGCAACUGAGAGAGGAGCUUGUUGAGAAGAGCGAAACGACGUACAAUCUUUGCAUCAAAUUUCUACGCAUGAAGCAUGCCAAGGAUUCGUUGAGGCAGAAACUCGAUCAACUUCUGAGAGAGCACUUACAGGUGAUGGCCGAAAUGAUGGAAAAACUGGACGAGGCACGGGAAGAGCUGAACAUCAUAGUAUCCGAAAAAUUUCAAGAGCCUGUACAUCUCAGCAAAGCCAAAUUCUUACAGGUUGUUCAAAGAAACAGCCGAUUAGUUCAUGAGAACGCGGCGUUGAAGUUACAGUCUCAUCAGCUCACCCAGAAUAUCGAAAAAAUAAAAAGUGAGGCGCAAAAGACGCGAACGAUAAACGUCGAUGCAAGAACAAUAGAAAAGUUGGCUAUGCAAGGGAAGAGGAGACGGAAGGAAGAGACCGUCAGGUCAUUGUCCACGAAAACGGUAUCCAGGAAGACGGAAAAAUUGGGAACUUCACUUUCGUCUUUGAGUACGUCUUGCGGUGGUCCAUUGGUUGACAGUUCAGGGGAUGCAAAAGCCCCAAUGAAAUACCAGAACAAACGCGCUACAUUUGAUAUUCCGGAAGUGGACGAGCCUCCGGAAAAGCGAGUAGAACGUCGCACCGAACGAACACAGAGCGCACCAGAAAUUGUGCAAACCGUGACCUUUAAGCAGGAUCUUGCUUCUGGCAACGGAUCCGAGUACACCAAUCUUACUCAGCGUAGUGUCGAAGUUCGGGACAUGUAUACGAACACAUGA